UCGUAAAUGAAGUUUUAUUACGAUAGAAAGAUGUAAUGUGUGUCGCACAAUUUACCUGCUAGCAUAACUUUUCCUGUGAUCUACUUCUUCGACUGAUGAUACCGACAUUGUUGCAGGACACGCACAUUUCCUGAUGACGCGAAUGCUACUACGAGGUCACAGAAGCAUCCUCCCAAUACUACGAGGUCACAAGAACAAAGACACGAGAAAGGACUGCUGACCGUAGGGAUAUCUGAUGACGUCAUGGAUUUUUACACGCACGCGAUGCACUCGGAUGCAGCAUAAUAUAUAUAUGCCAUAUAAUGCGUAAAGAGGACAAAUGAACACGACUCACUGUUUUGAAUAUGAGCGGGAAACCAAAAUCGAUAAUCGAGAAGUUCGAGAGAUCGAUUGCACUGCGAGAUAUCGAGGAACCAGGAAGCGCAGAAAAAAGAAACAUAUGUUCAAGAAAAUUUUCUCACAAAGGAAUUGUGCAUGUAUUAACGUUCUCUCAACAAUUUUAUACACUUUCUACAUUUCAAAUGAAUAAUACAAAAUAAACAUUUAGAGAAUGAAAAAUUGCGACAAACAAUAAGAUUUUUCCACUUAUAUUCACUCGUGUAAUAUAUUGAUUUUUGCCCAACAUCCUGACGAUUUCGAGACGUCCUGUAUACCGGGUGCCCGAGCCUCUACGUUCGCUCCUGAGGAAUAUUCAGCAUUCCUCUGGAUGGGAGAAAACAUAUCAUCGGUUCAUGGCGAUCGCGAAUACGCUGUGCGGAGUAAACCUGGUGCUGCGAACGUCGUAAAGAUAUCGCGACGAGGAUGAGCGAGUCUGCACCGAGUAAUUCUGCGUGUUCCACGUAAAGCUCUGUGUCCCAUCUCUUCUUCUCUCCCUCUUUGUAUUUUUCGCAGACGCGCUCCCUCUUGUAUGUACAAUUUGUAUGUGGUGGUCUUGCCUCUGUCUCGCGAGCGAAGAGAUGUAACGAGUGAUGUAACGAUGGCAUCGUCUCGACGGAGCGAAUCCACGAGUGCCUCUGCGACAGAUCAGGCUGCUGUAUAUCGCUGCACGUCACUUUGAUAACCAGCCCCAGGAGCGAGAUGUCCCGAUACGAUUCUACAAUGGACCGAGAGACGCUCGAAUUAUCGGCCAGUCGAAUCUCGCUGCGGCUGAUAAGAAUCGCGCGCACGAUUUAAUCUUGCGGGUCUCAAGUCAUGCAGCGAUUUCAUAAGACAUUCUUACUCCGGAGCUUUAUCGCGUCUGAUACCGAAUACAGCUUGUGAUGACAGAAGCAGACUGACCCAUAUUUUUUUCUAAUAUUGGUAGCAGUACGAUGUAUGUCUCAGGAAGUUCAUACAUAAUGCAUGUAGUAUCUGCAAAAUUAUGAACAAGAAUCUUCUACGGUCUAAUUAUUGAACGAAAAAAGAAGCGAAGAAAAUGAACAGGACAGAAGGCACAGACGCCGGCAAGGGUUGGCGCGAAUGUGCCAGCUGGUUGACGAGAUGCGGCGCGUUACGAGCGGAUCACAAAGCCAAUUGGGCACAGGCGACGGCAUUUGACCUGGCCUACACGUUGCGAGACGGUGUCUUGCUUUGCAAUUUACUGAACAUUGUGGAUUCAGGCUGUAUAGACGUGAAGGACGUGAAUCAGAAGCCGCAGAUGGCACAGUUCCUCUGUUUGCGUAACAUAAAAGUGUUCCUAUCAGCAUGCUCGAGCGUUUUCGGCCUCACCGACUCGGAACUCUUUGAACCGUCCAUGCUGUUCGAUCUAUCUAAUUUCCAUCGCGUUCUCUGCACGCUUUCCGCCUUAUCCAACUGUUUACGGUUCAGGCGAAAGGGUAUACUUGGAUUUUCUGUUGGUCAUGGAAGAUCACAGGAAGACAUUUAUAAGGACUUACAAAGUGCUGGCGUAGGCCGCGAGGAUGAGGGUCGCCGAAGAAGGUUUAGAAGACGGGAGGGUGACGAAACGGGCGGCGGAGGAGAUAACGAAGACCCAGUCGGCGAGGAGGACGGAUACGGAGCUUUUUGCAGUCACGCGCAAAGCGAGGAAAUCUACCAGGAUCUUUGUAGUCUACAUUUACCGCCUCCUCCGUCCGUUGCUCAGGACGGUGCCAUUUCCGGAGGGGAGAAAAGGGAUUAUGUGAUCCAGGAGCUUGUAGAGACCGAGCGAAAUUACACGGAUGUUCUCAGUAGUUUACUCAGGAAUUUUGCUCGACCGCUGUCAUCAUUAUUUCGACCCGAGGACUCUGCGCGUAUUUUCUUCGGCAUCAAGGAACUCGCGGAGAUCCACGUGGGGUUCCACAGUCAGCUGCGCAAGGCGCGAAAUGGCGCCGCGCUUGCCCAAGUUUUUCUGGACUGGCGGGAGAAAUUUCUUAUUUACGGCGACUACUGCGCGAAUCUUACCCUUGCGCAAAAUACUCUGCAGGAAAUCUGCGCGCGUAACGAAGUAGUCAAUCAAGAAGUUAUUAGAUGUCAACAAGAAGCUAAUAACGGUAAAUUCAAGCUACGUGAUAUACUAUCUGUGCCGAUGCAGAGGGUGCUCAAGUACCACUUGCUGUUGGACAAGUUAGUAGAAGAAACUCCACGUGAAUGGGUUGAGGAUUGCCGUGCGCUGACGAAGGCGAGGGAAGUAAUGGUCGAUGUCGCUCAGUAUAUAAACGAAGUAAAACGCGAUUCUGACACACUGGAUAUCAUCAAGGAUAUUCAAGCGUCGAUAAUCGAUUGGGAUGUACCCGAAGACGCACAGUUGAAAGAUUUCGGCCGAUUACUUCGUGACGGCGAGUUGAAGGUGAAGGCUCACAACGAUCACCGAAUAAAGGCUCGUUACGCGUUUGUAUUCGAGCAAGUAGUAUUGAUUUGCAAAGCGGGCAGAGGAGACCAGUAUUGUUAUCGGGAAACUUUACGAUUAGACGAUUAUAGAUUAGAGGAUCCUAUAGGACGAAAAACCUUGGGUAGAGAUUCGCGUUGGUCCUAUCAAUGGAUACUUGUACAAAAGCAGGGAAGCACGGCCUACACAUUAUACGCAAGAACGGAGGAGCAGAAGUUGAUGUGGAUAAAGGCGUUGCAAGACGCGAUGGAUAAUGUCAAUCCCGCGGCCUGUCGCAAUACUAAUCACAAGUUCAAAUUGACGACGUUCGAUGCUCCUAGGAGCUGUCAACGAUGCGGAAAGUUUCUCAAGGGCCGCAUAUUCCAAGGUUACAAGUGCGAGAUAUGUCGCCUAGCUGUACACAAACAAUGCAUCGCGCAUUCGGGUCGUUGUGUGCCUACGGCGCCGCUAUUGACACCGCCUCCACCGCUACCCUGCGAACGCGCGCUCGCCGUGAAGCUGUGGUUUGUUGGAGAGAUGGGAAGAGAUGCAGCGUCUAACAAAUUGGAAUCUCGCGAAGACGGCACGUACAUGUUGCGUGUCCGUCCAGCUGGACAACCACGUCUUAAAUAUGAAACUAAUUACGCGCUUAGUAUCAAAGCGGAAGGAGCAGUAAAACAUAUUCGAGUGUUCAAACGUGAUGUGGACGGUGCGGAUCUAUAUUAUCUCAGCGAGUCCCGAUUUUUCAAAAGCGUCGUCGAGUUGGUCGAGUAUUAUGAGCGGGCGUCGUUAUCGGAAAACUUUGAAAAACUGGAUCAGCGUCUUUUGUGGCCGUAUCGACGAGUCCUAGCUAAGGCACGAUUUGACUUUCGCAGCACCGAACGUAAUCAAUUGAGCCUGCGACGCGGUUGUCGCAUCGUAGUCCUAAGCAAGGAGGGCGAUGCCAAAGGAUGGUGGAAGGGUAAAAUAGGCGAUCAAGUAGGAUUCUUUCCAAAAGAUUAUGUGGAAGAAGAGUAGAACUAUUAAAAAUUAUUUAGAUCAUUGCCUAUAUAGAAUUUAAAAAAUUGUAA